UUAAUAUAUUAUUUUUUUAUAUCAAAAUAUAUAUUUAUAUAUUAAAAUGUCGAGAGAGUCCGGUAGAAGGUCCGUGGAUAUGGGCGCCGUGAACCGAAGUUCGAGUAGAGGCAAAGCAAAAGCCACCUCCGACGGUUCGACCUCACGCGUUUCUCGAGGAAGACACUCCGUCUCUUCCUUUCCUGCUAUCCCCGAUCACUUAAUCGGGGAUGCUAUGACGGAUGAAGAAUUCGACCAGAUUUAUUCUGGUAGAGGGGACGGAAAUCUCUACACUCUUGAUAGUGUAUUCGAAGAUGUUGAUGAAGCACAUCUGGAUAAUCUGGACGGGGACGAGGAGCCUACACCGCAGAGCAACGACGUCGGCGUGGAGGCAGGUGAGCCCGCGACCUCUCGAGGUCCGGAUAAAGGUAAAAAAAUAUAAAUCAGAGUUAUUUGUUUAUCAUUUUGACAAAGAAACAAAAGAUGGCGUAGUUUAUGGAACUUGUAAACAUUGUAAGACCGUCAUAAAAAUGGGAGUCUCCGGCGGUUAUGGCGGUCCGGAAAAACACCUAAAGUCGAGGCGUCCCGUGGAGUUUGCCAAAUACGAGGCAAAAAAGAAGGGACGACAAGAAGUGCAAAUCCAAAUUUCUCGGUUUGCUAACAGAGGUAAGGGCGGCCUUUUUGCUUAUAGCGACGAGCAAAAUAAGCAAAAAAUGGCCGAAAUGAUUUGUGAAGAAAAUUUGCCAUACAUGUUUUCUGAAAAACUUGGAUUUAUUGAUUAUUGUCAACAGGCAUUAAACCCUCAAGCACGAGGUUUUUCAAGAAAAACAAUUAAACGA